AUGAAGAUUGAGGAAGUGCGGUCUACGGCAAAAGCUCAACGCAUUGCGUCGCAUACGCAUGUAAAAGGUCUAGGAUUAGAAGCAAAUGGUACAGCAUUACCCAUUGGAUCGGGUCUUGUUGGCCAAGAAAAGGCUCGAGAAGCUGCAGGUCUGACCGUGGAACUUAUUAAAUCUAAGAAAAUGGCAGGUCGUGCAUUGUUACUUGCUGGAGCUCCUGGAACUGGAAAGACUGCAUUAGCAUUGGGUAUUUCUCAGGAAUUGGGACCUAAAGUACCAUUUUGUCCCAUGGUUGGAUCCGAAGUCUAUUCGUCCGAGGUGAAAAAGACGGAAAUUCUAAUGGAAAACUUUCGUCGUGCUAUUGGACUUCGAAUCAAAGAAACAAAGGAAGUUUAUGAAGGUGAAGUCACGGAAAUGAACCCAGAGGAGACUGAAAAUCCACUUGGAGGAUAUGGAAAGACCAUUUCUCAUGUUAUUGUAGGACUGAAGACCACAAAAGGCUUGAAACAGCUGAGACUUGAUCCGAGUAUCUAUGAAUCACUACAGAAAGAAAGAGUAUCAGUUGGAGACGUUAUUUAUAUUGAAGCCAAUAAUGGUAGUGUCAAGCGGGUUGGUCGCUCGGAUGCCUAUGCCACGGAAUAUGAUCUAGAAGCGGAAGAGUAUGUGCCUAUUCCCAAGGGUGAUGUUCAUAAGAAAAAGGAAAUGAUUCAGGACGUGACACUACAUGAUCUUGAUAUUGCAAAUGCACGUCCGCAAGGUGGACAGGAUAUUAUGUCCAUGAUGGGACAGAUGAUGAAACCCAAGAAGACAGAGAUUACUGAGAAAUUGCGGACAGAGAUUAACAAGGUCGUCAACAGAUAUAUUGACCAAGGCGUGGCAGAACUUGUACCGGGUGUGCUGUUUGUAGAUGAGGUUCACAUGCUGGACAUCGAAUGCUUCACGUACCUGAAUCGCGCGCUUGAGUCAACUCUGGCUCCGAUCGUUGUGUUUGCCACCAACCGUGGUGUCUGUCAGAUCCGUGGCACUAAUAUUUCGUCUCCUCACGGCGUGCCACUUGAUUUGCUGGACCGUAUGCUCAUUAUUCGCACGAUGCCCUACUCUGUGGAGGAAAUGGUGCAGAUCAUAAAGAUUCGUGCUGAAGCUGAAGGGAUCAAACUCGUGGACGACGCUAUUGUGAGACUGGGCGAGAUCGGCUCAGAAACAUCACUGCGAUACAGUGUCCAAUUGCUAACACCUUCUCGAAUUCUUGCGGAGACACAAGGACGCUCGGAAGUGUCGGUGGACGACAUUGAGGAAACGAAUGGACUUUUCAACGACGCCAAGCGCUCGGCGCUGGCGCUCGCACAGACCGAAGGAUACCUUAUGUAA